CCUCUGCCGGCCUGUGCAGACCUGCAGGCGGCAUCCGCAGCCCCGCCGGGCCACUAACACACCCAGCAGCAGGGCGUGAGCAGGCAGCGGAGCAGCGCGGCGAGGCUCAGCCGCUCAAGGACGCCCGGCGCAGAGCUCAGCCCCAGCGCUCGCCCGGCGUCCCAGCUGCGGGACCCAGACGUCCGCCCGCCGGGAGCAGGACGCUCGACCCACUGGCCUGGGACAGCGCUGCGCCAUGGCAGAGCUGCCCGGCUGCUGCCGUCCCUGUGCCACCUGCCUGCUGUGCCUCUACAGCUGCCGAUGGAUCGGCGCCAAGAAGGAGAAGAGGCAGGGCCUGAGGACCACCAAGUGCGACUGCAGCUGGUUCCUCUUCCUCUUCUGCGUCUUCCUUUUCACGCUGGUGUGGCUGUACUUUGCCAUUGUCAUCCUCAAUGAUUUCCACAACUUCAAUGAGUUCAUCUUCAAGCAGAGGAAGCUGUGGCUCGACUGGUCCCUGAUCCUGCUCAUAGCAACGGCAGUGCUGAUCACCUACUCGGCCGUGCUGCUGGUCCUGGCUUUGUGCUUGCAGCUCUGCGGACAGCCCUUGAAGCUGCACUGGGUGCACAAGAGCCUGCUGAUCAUAACCGCCCUCGUGGUGGCUGCGGCCUUCACAGGGCUGGGAAUAAAGUGGGCGGAGGAGUGGAGAAGCGCCCGCAUCUCCCUGCAGGCAACGGGUCCCUUCCUGCACCUUGGCAUCAUGGGGGGAAUGACGCUCCUUGCCUGGCCGCUGGCCAGCUUCUUCUACCGCAGCCGCAACACAGGUCUCAAGGUGUUCCUGCUGCUCGUGUACUGUGCAGUGAUGAUCGCUGUGUAUCUGGCUCCCCUGGUGAUUACCUCCCCCUGCAUCAUGGAGGAGAACCAGCUGCCCCCCAAGCCAGCGCUGGUGGGCCACCGAGGGGCCCCCAUGCUGGCACCCGAGAACACCCUCAUGUCGCUGCACAAGGCGGUGGGCUGUGACGUGCAAGUCUUUGAGACGGACGUCAUGGUGAGUGCUGAUGGGGUCCCAUUCCUCAUGCAUGAUGAGAAACUCAUCAGGACCACCAACGUGCAGGCUGUGUUCCCCGAGAGGGCCUCGCUCAACAGCACCGCCUUCAACUGGACAGACCUGCAGCAGCUGGAUGCUGGCAGCUGGUUCCUGGAGCGGAAGCCGUUUUCCACUGUGCAGAGUCUUUCUGCUGGUGACCGCAACCAGGCGAGUAAGCAGAAGAUCCCAUCCCUGGAAGAGGUGCUGGAGGCAGCCAAGCAGAGCAAUAUCUCCAUCAUGUUUGACCUCCGGCCGGAGAACCACACUGAUUACCAGAGCUUUGUCAAUGCCACACUGGACGCGAUCUUGCAGUCGGGCAUCGCACUACAGCAGAUCCUCUGGCUGCCAGAUGGGUUCAGGGAACAGGUCAAGCAGCAAGUCCCAGGCGUUCAGCAGGUUUAUGGCCGGAAGAGACUCCAGAAUGAGAAGGAGCCACUGCUGCAUGUUAAUCUGCCCUACCAGGACAUGAGCUCUGAGGAGAUCAGGCAGUACCGCCAGGACAACAUCUCCGUCAACUUGUAUGUGGUGAACCAGCCCUGGCUCUUCUCUGUGCUGUGGUGUGCUGGGGUGAGCUCUGUCACGACCAACGCCUGCCAGGUGCUGAAGGAGAUGAAACACCCCAUCUGGCUGCUUCCCAGCAGCACAUACCUCAUGAUCUGGAUCGUUGCAGACUGUGUCUCCUUCCUCAUGAUCCUCUGGGCCUUCCUCCUGGUGAAGAGAUGCUCCAGGAGAAGACAGCCGGCAGAGUCCGAGACGGAUGUGCUGCUCACCAAGAUCAACAGCCUGAUGCAAGAGUGACCCCUCUGGCCUGCAUCAGCCGUGGGGAGGGGCCGCUGGAGACGUGCCCGGCUCGAGGGGGGAGCGCUCCCCUGGCCAGCUUCAAGGCUCCUUUCCUUUGCAGACUCCUGAGCUUCCCCUUCCCCCUAGCCCUCCUGGUUCCCGGUGCGGUGCAGACCUGGCCUGGAGCGGGGUUCCCUGGUCCCUCUAGCACAGAGGGGACAGUGCCUAUGCAGGGAUUUCCUGGUGCUGGCUUGUGCCCUGGGGUUUGAGCGCUUGUCCAGCAGUGCUGGGGCUGAGACCUCGGCCCUGGGGCUCUGCUUCGAAGGCUAGCGGGGAUUCGAGUCCCUGCUGGUGCAGGGGUAUGGCAGUGUCUGCCUGUCACCAGCAGCCGUGCAGCCCGUUACGGGGGCUGUGGUGACCUGUUUAGUGGGAAACCUAGUUUAAUGUGCUGCUCCCCUGGAGCAUGGGGGACUGGAAGGGAGCUGCAGGGGAGGGGGCUUUUUAGAAGACAGGUAGGGCUGGACAUGGAGCAGAGCCCCUCCAAACCCGGUGCUGGGUGCUGGAGUCCUGCUCUCACUGCCGCCUUCAUGCUUGUGGGCUGGGGUGCCAGCACCCAUCCCCGCAGCGCCCGUGGAGCUGGGGCUGGGCUGGGUGAGACCUGCCUGUCCUGGAGCAGAACGCGUGUCCUGGGGCCCAGCCCCGGCUGAGCCACGGUCCCGCUCCUGCCGCCGCGGGGGCGCCGGGGAAGGGAGCAGUGUUAGUCGCGGUCGGUCACUUUGCGGCAGGGCCUUGCACUGUUUGACUUGUUCCUAGCUAUUUAUGUCAAUAAAUGAAGCGAGAGGCAGACAGA